AUGUUACACUGCAGUAUCCGUAAAGGAAAAUUAAUUCAAGCACAUGUGGUGGGACUACAGCUUGAUCUUUUAACAUCAAAGGAGCAGGCAGGAGAAAGGAAUGAUGAGGCUCAAGAGCAGGCAGGAGAAAGGAAUGAUGAGGCUCAAGAGCAGGCAGGAGAAAGGAAUGAUGAGGCUCAAGAGCAGGCAGGAGAAAGGAAUGAUGAGGCUCAAGAGCAGGCAGGAGAAAGGAAUGAUGAGGCUCAAGAGCAUGCAGGAGAAAGGAAUGAUGAGGCUCAAGAGCAGGCAGGAGAAAGGAAUGAUGAGGCUCAAGAGCAGGCAGGAGAAAGGAAUGAUGAGGCUCAAGAGCAGGCAAGAGAAAGGAAUGAUGAGGCUCAAGAGAAAGGAAUGAUGAGGCUUAAGAGCAGGCAUGAGAAAGGAAUGAUGAGGCUCAAGAGCAGGCAGGAGAAAGGAAUGAUGAGGCUCAAGAGCAGGCAGGAGAAAGGAAUGAUGAGGCUCAAGAGCAGGCAGGAGAAAGGAAUGAUGAGGCUCAGGAGAAAGGAAUGA